AUGGUUGGCCUAAGCUUCGACAACUUUCAAAGAAACCAAUUCUUGUCAAAAAAUGGGGUCCAGACUCCGCAAGCAAUUUCUACUGGUACCACUAUUGUGGGAUGCAAAUUCAAAGAUGGUGUAGUGAUUGCAGCAGAUACCAGAGCCACGGCUGGACCUAUAGUGGCGGACAAAAAUUGUGAGAAACUGCAUCGUCUAGCUCCUAAGAUUUGGUGUGCAGGUGCAGGAACAGCAGCAGAUACUGAGAUGGUCACGCAAUUAGUUCAAUCCAAUUUAGAGUUACACUCGAUGUCUUUGAAUAGAGAGCCAAGAGUUUCUUCAGCAUUACAAAUGUUGAAGCAACAUCUUUUCAAAUACCAAGGGCACAUUGGAGCAUAUUUGAUUGUGGCAGGGGUGGACACCAAAGGAUCUCAUUUGUUUUCAAUUCAUGCUCACGGUUCUACAGAUAUAGGAUUCUAUCAAUCUCUAGGUUCGGGAUCGCUUGCCGCUAUGGCAGUUCUUGAACGUGAUUGGAAAGAAGAUUUGACUAAAGAGGAAGCCAUGAGACUUUGCGCAGAUGCUAUUGAAGCCGGUAUUUGGAACGAUUUGGGUUCGGGCUCCAACGUCGACUUAUGUGUGAUGGAAGUCGGCAAGGACGCACAAUUAUACAGAAACUACUUGACUCCUAAUGUCCGAGAAGCAAAAGCAAGAAAUUAUAAGUUUGAAAGGGGAACAACGGCUAUCUUGAAAGAGAGCAUCUACAAUUUGUGUGAGGUCGAGGAAGUUCGGGCGACAACAAGGGAUGCAAUGGAGGUUGACGCUUAA